CCCUCCGCUCCUCCGUUCGCGGCCAGCGGUCGGUGGCGGCCGCUACGGUGCUGACAAGAUGGCGGCUGGCGGAGCUGUCGCUGCGGCGCCCGAGUGCCGGCUUCUCCCCUACGCGCUACACAAGUGGAGCUCCUUUUCCUCCACCUACCUUCCCGAGAACAUUUUAGUGGACAAACCAAAUGACCAAUCUUCAAGAUGGUCUUCAGAGAGCAAUUAUCCUCCCCAGUACCUGAUUCUAAAACUCGAAAGGCCUGCUAUAGUUCAGAAUAUCACAUUUGGAAAAUAUGAGAAAACUCAUGUUUGCAAUUUGAAGAAAUUUAAAGUCUUUGGUGGCAUGAAUGAAGAGAAUAUGACAGAGCUGUUGUCCAGUGGCUUAAAGAAUGAUUAUAACAAAGAAACAUUCACCUUGAAGCAUAAAAUUGACGAACAGAUGUUUCCUUGUCGAUUCAUUAAAAUAGUUCCACUCUUGUCCUGGGGACCCAGCUUUAACUUUAGCAUCUGGUAUGUUGAACUUAGUGGCAUUGAUGAUCCUGAUGUAGUACAACCUUGUCUCAACUGGUAUAGCAAGUACCGUGAACAGGAAGCUAUUCGCCUUUGCCUAAAACACUUCAGACAACACAACUAUACAGAAGCUUUUGAGUCACUGCAAAAGAAAACCAAGAUUGCACUGGAACAUCCCAUGUUAACAGAUAUUCAUGACAAGCUGGUGUUGAAGGGUGAUUUUGAUGCUUGUGAAGAGUUGAUUGAAAAAGCUGUAAAUGAUGGCUUGUUCAAUCAGUAUAUCAGUCAACAGGAAUAUAAACCACGAUGGAGUCAAAUCAUUCCCAAAAGUACCAAAGGUGAUGGGGAAGAUAACCGACCAGGAAUGAGAGGAGGCCAUCAGAUGGUUAUUGAUGUUCAAACAGAGACUGUUUAUUUGUUUGGUGGCUGGGAUGGAACACAAGAUCUUGCUGACUUCUGGGCGUACAGUGUGAAGGAGAACCAGUGGACAUGUAUCUCUAGAGACACUGAAAAAGAGAAUGGUCCUAGUGCCAGAUCGUGUCAUAAAAUGUGCAUUGACAUUCAACGGAGGCAAAUCUACACGUUGGGGCGUUAUUUGGAUUCCUCUGUGAGGAAUAGCAAAUCUCUGAAAAGUGACUUCUAUCGUUACGACAUUGAUACAAACACAUGGAUGUUACUAAGUGAGGAUACUGCUGCUGAUGGAGGGCCGAAAUUGGUGUUUGAUCAUCAGAUGUGUAUGGACUCAGAAAAACAUAUGAUCUACACUUUUGGUGGUAGAAUUUUGACUUGUAAUGGCAGCGUAGAUGACAGCAGAGCCAGUGAACCACAAUUCAGUGGCUUAUUUGCUUUCAACUGUCAAUGUCAAACCUGGAAACUUCUUCGAGAGGACUCCUGUAAUGCUGGGCCUGAGGACAUCCAGUCUCGAAUAGGACACUGCAUGCUAUUCCACUCAAAAAAUCGUUGCUUAUAUGUAUUUGGUGGCCAGCGAUCAAAGACCUAUUUGAAUGAUUUCUUUAGUUAUGAUGUGGACUCUGAUCAUGUAGACAUAAUAUCAGAUGGCACCAAGAAAGACUCUGGGAUGGGGAGACUGCCUUCUACUUCCUCUGAAGGGUUUAAAGUUCCAAUGACAGGAUUUACACAGAGAGCAACUAUUGAUCCAGAACUGAAUGAAAUACAUGUCUUAUCUGGACUCAGCAAAGAUAAGGAAAAGAGGGAAGAAAAUGUUAGAAAUUCAUUCUGGAUUUAUGACAUUGUGAGGAAUAGUUGGUCUUGUGUCUAUAAGAAUGAUCAAGCUGCAAAGGAUAAUCCAACUAAAAGUCUUCAGGAAGAAGAACCAUGUCCAAGGUUUGCCCAUCAGCUUGUAUACGAUGAGCUACACAAGGUUCAUUAUUUAUUUGGUGGGAAUCCAGGGAAAUCUUGCUCUCCAAAGAUGAGAUUAGAUGACUUCUGGUCACUGAAGUUGUGUAGACCUUCAAAAGAUUAUUUACUGAGGCAUUGCAAGUACCUCAUAAGAAAACACAGGUUUGAAGAAAAGGCCCAAAUGGAUCCCCUUAGUGCUCUGAAAUAUUUGCAAAAUGAUCUUUAUAUAACUGUGGAUCAUUCAGACCCAGAAGAGACAAAAGAGUUUCAGCUCCUGGCAUCAGCUCUAUUCAAAUCUGGUUCAGAUUUUACAGCUCUAGGCUUUUCUGAUGUGGAUCACACCUAUGCUCAAAGAACUCAGCUCUUUGACACCUUAGUAAAUUUCUUUCCUGACAGCAUGACUCCACCUAAAGGCAACCUGGUAGACCUCAUCACACUGUAACUGAAGAGUCACUGGACACAGAAAUGGAAAACAGGAGUGGAUUUUCCAUCUUUUGGAUUGCAGCUCCAUUGACUGACAGUAAAGCUGCAGUGAUUGAGGACUGCACCAGAGUUUUGAAGGGAUCUUAACCAUCACAAGUUUUUACCCUCUUCCUUCAUGCCUGACCUCAACCCUGCUCUCCUCAUCCUAUUCCUAAAUUAGGCUAAUAAAGUGAAAUUGGUAUACUUUCCAGUUAAAUAUAUAUAUAUAUUUUUCUUACUUUAUCUUUUAAGAAUUAAUGAGUAUAAAAGAAAAAUUAGGCAGUUUACCCUUUCAGAUUUUUAUUUCUUUUUUUUAAUUGGGGGAAAUAAGCACUAUUAACAGAUUCGGCACUACAAGUAUUUUGAAUGUUGUUGCUGUUGGUCAUUUGACCUGCCUUCUCCCUUCCCAUUUCACUUCACCUCCCAUCACACAACUGCGUGUAAGUGGUGUCACUUGUUUACCUCUUUACUUCAUUCUUAACAAGUGUAUAGUUCUCUAGGACAGUUGAUGUAUGUUAAGGUGAUAUCUGUGUCUGUGUUGACUUGUUUUGUGUUACGUUAAACAGUAGGCAGAACUGAGGUCUCAAGUUUGCACUCUUGGCCAUAAAACUAAACAGGAAACCUGAGAUUGACCCUAGCACCUAUCUGAGAUUGGUAUAUAAUAUUUCUGUAAUGAUAUAUUUUAUAGUAGAUAUUACAGUAGCAUCUGACUUUGAGUCACAGAAACCUUAAACUGAGGAGACAAUAGUUCAGAACCUUUAAGAGCCAUUCUAAAAAUGACCAGCAGGAGGGAUCGAGUAGUGAAUAAUAUCUUCAUAGCAAUUUUAGGAGAAAAUGACUCUUUCGUGCAGAAGAGCUCUGCAGAACCAGGGCUCCCGUUUCUCUUGUGCUGUCUCUGUAGUAUUUUCAUUUGAGAGAGGAGGCUGGGUUUCCAGAGCUUUGCUUUCAUUUAUUUUUAUACACAUUGUCUCUCUAUAUCUGCUUGUGGAUAUUGAUAUUUUAAAGAGAAAUGGUUUGUGGUUGUCCAGUGGUAUACAACUGACAGGCAUUUCAUUAAGCACAUAGACCAGACUUUGUGAACAGUUCAAAUAUUUUUUCAUUAAAAAACAAGGUAUGGCAGAUGCACUUUUCCACAGGUCGGUUUUUUUUGUGUGAGAGAGAGGUACAUAUCUUCUGAGAAGGUGCUGUGGAAUGCAAUGUGAGGAACCUGCAUCUGGCUAGUGCUUACAUUUGCUCAAAAACCAUGUUGUGUGAAGCUGACCGCCACCAUGCUAAAGCAGACUCGUAUUAAAGAAAUGUCGGUCGAUCCAGUGGCUCUUAAGAGUGAAUAGCUUUAUGGAAUCAAGUAUGUCCCUGAGUAGCAAGAUUAGGCCUCACCAAAGAAGAAAUUAACCUGCAGUUUCAAAAAGUGUCAUGUAUAGGAAUGAAACAUUGAGGUCCCACUUUAUUCUGUCUUUAGUACAUGGUUUUACUUCUUUUGGGGAUUGAUGGGAAUGUAUUUUUGUUAGUUCUAGGCUUGAAUCAUGGGCUCCUUGGCUUUCCUAGCAUCCCAAAGCAGUCAACAGUGAUUUCUUAAGCAAUUUGAUCUGUACCUUUACUUGUGAAAGGUAUGCUAUAUAAUUCAGCAAGUACCAACUUGUGUAGCUGCAGAAUAACCAAGUGGCUAUCCAGUCAAGCAAAUACAGUUUACUUACAUACUUGAACAGUUUCAUAAAAUGAUUCCCCUGAGUGACACAAGAACAUAAAAUAUUAAUAUCACUAAUAUAGCUUGUUAAAUCUUUUGGGAGACAGGUGAAAAUCAGAAGAUUGACAAGGAAGAACUUGAACUUGCUAAGACUUCCUAAAUUUAAAAGCUCUAGUUUUGCUUAGUAUGAAUUCUGGCACUUUAAAAAGAUUAAGCAAGCGAAAUCCUGCUGCCCUCCACCAUUUAUUUUUACAGUGCUUCUUUGUAAUUGUUUUCAUCAGUUCCUUAAAUGUUACUUGGAGGAAACUAAGUUCUUGACCUCAGUAAUUUUAUUUUUGUUUUUCCCUAAUUGCUUCCCUACUAGUUUUUUUGGAAAACAUAUUUGUUUUAAUUUCAUCUUUCCUCACUUUAUUUAGGUAAAAUUUUCCCCCUUCAUUUCUGGAAUUUUUUGCUCACCGCCAUGUUUAAAUGGGGUUGAAUCAUAGCGAGCCAUUUGCUCUUGCCAAAGUGAGAUAGAUGUACUGAGGAGAUAAUUGAAAAGUCAGACACGGUACUGUGGGGCUUUAAUGGAAGCACUGCUGGAAAUGAUUGCAGAGAAUGUAGUGCUUCAUAUAUCCAUGACUAAGAUUGACAUGUUGCUCACAAGAUGUCACUAUUUAGUGAGGACCCACAUGUAUUUCCAAGAAUUCCAGCAUAGACUAUAAUUUAAAUAAUCGAAUUUGGUAUUUAGGUACACUGUUUAUAUAGCCAAGUGUAUAUGCUUUACUACCUAACAAUUAUUUCAUUCUAGCCUAGGUGAAUCCCUAAUUGAAACACCUGGCUAACACUUUAGACACAUGAAUUAAGUGGGAUACAGUUUGCUCAUUUGUAUUAUCUCCAACUUCAACCUCAUUCUUCCUUUUUCCUAGUAUAAUACAUUAUUUUCAACCAGAAAUUAAACUAGAUAUCCAACAUUAUUUUCAGUGCUUGUACUUCAUGAGAAAUAAUCUGAUUUUCAAGAUACCUCUUAAGUGCAUUUGCAUUUUAUUUUGGUAAUGGCAGAGACCUCAUGUGGCCAGUUUGAUUGAUUCAAGAAUAUAUCACUCUUAUUCAAACAAAGGAAUUCAGACUUGAAUGCCUACCUCUGUGCUGAAGCUGACAGACAGUAUUAACUCUUAUCAAGGCCAUCUUUUAGACCUGAUUUUCAUUUAUAUGAAAACAGACCUGUCCAUGUCUAAUAAGUAAAAACUGAUAGAAUACAUUAAAAAGUCACUGGCUUAUCAUAGAAAAGUUUGAUGGGUUUAGAGCUCAGUGAUUUAAGCUUCUAAAACUGCAUUCUUGGGCAAAGUAUGUAUAUUGUAUAUAAAUAGUUGGCAGCUUAUUCCAGUUGGUCUCUUCACGUCUGCUUUUAAAGUGCUAUGUAGAGAUACAUUAACAGAGGUAUAAUAAAACAGUGUUUUAAAAUCUAGCCUGUAAACAAAAGCUAGUUUGAGGCACCCAAGCAUUUAGUGAGAGAUAAGCACGAAUGCUUAAUGGAUCAAAAAAGCACUUAGGUAGGAGUAUGUUCCUGAUUUUAUUCUCUAAAUUAUACUCAAUUUCAUGGUAAUUACAUGAAGAAGUACCUACAAUUAUUCUUAACACUACAUGGAAUUCACUGGGUAACUGUGGGUCACUUAUUUCCUGAAAGUCACGUGAAAUCCUUAGCUGGUUGAAUGUUGCACAGUAUUUGUGUGUUAUGGUUUAAAGUGAUUUCUGUGGGAGGGAAUCAUUACAACGUAUAUUCUAAAUAAAGUCAUCUAACUAUUAAAAAAAAAAAACAACCCUUCCUAACCCUUCUUUUCUUAAAAAUCCACAUUAAUCCACAAUUUCAUCCCUUUGCAGAAAUUCUUGCCUGAAUUCUCACCGAGUUUUGAAUUCCUAAAAUAGCCCCUGAUCUAGGAUGUGAAGGCUGCCCCAGAAAAAGUUUAUGACUGGAGGAGUAUCAUAGAGGGUCUACAUAUGACAGAUUAGAUCUUUGGGCGCUUUAACACAAGAGAUUUUUGUAAUCCUUAUUAGUCAAAUAACACUAUUCUUUUGUGGUUCUAGACCCUGGCUUCUAUCUCCCUGUGAUUUGUUUUAAUGCUGAAAUGACUUGGCUAUCCAAAACUUCUAGUCUAGAGGUCUGUUGGUUGAAGGUAGACAUUUCCAAGUUUGUCGAAAUAAUAUGAAGCUGACGAGCUCACAUGAAUGAUGCUGCCCUCAUUUGUUUUAGGUGAGGACUCAUUACUGCAGUAUGUCAAUUUCUUCACCAAAUGCUUUUUCUUUUUCUCAAUAAAUCCUGUCUUAGAGGUUCUAUUUAUAUAUGAUUUUUAAAACCUUGGUUUCCUUCUAUCCACCAAAUACUGUGAAUUGUUUUUCCAUUUAUUUUUCUUAGCUAAUGUAACUUUAUUCUUGACUUUCGUUAGCCCUAGACUUCUGAGAUUUUCUGUGGCAUUCUGUAGGAGCAUUGUAUUACUUGG